AGCAGCCGCCUUCCCUCUGCCGGGUGGGAGAUUUGGGGAGCGGUGAUGCUGAGCAUGGAGAACUUGGGGGGCGCCCGAGGCCUGGGCGAGGAGUCCCUGCAGAUGUGGGACCUCAACAAGCGCCUGGAGGCUUACCUGGCCCGCGUGAAGUUCCUGGAGGAGGAGAACGAGGUGCUGCGAGCCGAGAUCCAAAGCGCCAAGAGUAGUCCCAGUGAGGACUCGUGGAGGAACAAGUAUGAGGAGGAGCUGCAGGCCCUGCGGACCGCGCUGGAUGAUGCCUUCAGGGAGAAGUGGUCUGCGGAGCUGGCCCGGGACAAUCUCUACGAGGAGAUCCAGCACGUGAAGAGCAGGUGCCAGAAGGAGCAAGCGGCUCGUGAAGAAGCAAAGAAGCUUCUGUCUGUGAGCAAGAAGGAGCUGGAAGAGGAGCAGAGAGCUCAGAUCUGGCUGAAGGAGAGAGCCCUGCACCUGGAGAAGGAGGUGGAAGCACUGCUGGAGUUGCACGAGGAGGAGAAAGCAGGGCUGGACCAUGAGCUCGCCAGCUUCUCGCAGAGUUUCGAGAGCUUCCGCUGCGUGCCCGUGGCUUUCCAGCCUGUGGAAGUGGAGGACUAUUCCAAGAGGCUCUCUCAGAUCUGGAAAGGGGCAGUGGAGACCUACAAGACGGAGGUGUCCCAGCUGGAGAGCUCCCUGUGCCAAGCCAAAGAGAACCUGUGGAAGGCGGUGGAGGACAACCAGCAGAGCCAGCUGCAGCUGCAGCACCUGGAGAAGGAGCUGGUGGGGCUCAAGGCACGCAAGGACCUGCUGGAGGAAAGUCUCUCACGGCAAUGGCAGGAGCAGAGAGGGGAGGCCGAGAAGUUCCAGCUGGCGCUGGAGGCCCUGGAGCAGGAGAAACAAGCCCUGCGGGUGCAGAUCGCCCAGGUGCUGGAGGACAGGCAGCAGCUCAUGCACCUGAAGAUGUCCCUGAGCCUGGAAGUGGCUACCUACAGGACACUGCUGGAAGCGGAGAGCACUCGGCUGCAGAUGCCCACCGGUGAAUACAAGCUGGCCGGUGGCUUGCGAGAUUUCAAGCUGGAGAUGAAGCUGCAGCCCGUGACGCCCGAGAGCCGGCGGCUGAUAUCCUGGGAUCUCCGUGCGAGUCCCUCCAUCUUCCCCAGGGCAGAGACCAAGGUGCUGCUGGCAAAGUCCCCAAACGAUGUCCCCAAGGUCCCCACGCCCAAAAGCAAAAGCCCCAUUACGAAGGAGUUCCAGAAAAUCAACUCAGUUCUUCAGGCACCAGCGCUGAAAGCUGCCAGCACAGCUGCUCGCUCAGUGCCCAGCCUGGGGACACCCAGUGGGGUGGUCCCAUCUGCCCGUCCCAGCUCUCAGGAGCCACCCGAGUCCCCAGGUCCAGAACCAAGGGAGGGGGACAAAGAUCCUCAUGAGGAGCCUCAAGAUCCCAGCGAGGAGCCACCUGGGAAGUCGCCCACCCCACAGCUGCUCUAUCCUGACCGUCUGGUCACCGAAGCCUUGGAAGAUGCUCUCAAGGAGGUGCGAGAUGAUGCUCAGCCCCAAGAAGAGCCUGUGUGGGGGGCUGAGAGGGCUACAGAGGGCUUUGGGGUAGCGAGCGAGCCAGAGGUCCCCAGCUGGACCAGUUACCCUGUGGAGGAGGUUGACAGUGCCAAGGACACCAAUUUGGAAGCCUGCUUGGAAGAGGGGACUGGAGAAGACAUGCAGGAGGAGGCAGGAGUGGAGAGCAUCACUCAGCAGGACGGGUCGAUGUGUCACCUGGAGCUGGGACCUUCUGGUGAGCGGGACCAAGGGACACUUGAGCUUCUUGCUGCUGCACCAAGUGAAAGAGAAACCCAGAAGGAGAUGAGACCCUGGGAGGAGAAAGCAAGCCAAGAAGAGAUGCUGGCAUUUCAGAGCGCAGAAGAAAGGGGAGAACUGGAAUUCGUGCAUGGCGACGCUGAGAGCCCACCAGACCAAGAGACAUGUGCUUCACCCAAGCCUGAUGGCGAGUGCUGGGAAGGGAGUGCGGGUCUCCAUAGCCCAGCAGCUGCUGCCAGAGGAGGCCUAGAGGAGUCGGAGCAAGGAGAUGAGGAUGGGGGGAGCGUGAGCAUGGAGGCGUUGCACCUUUUGGAGGACAAGGAGAGACCCUGGAGCCCUUCGAAGGAGGAGGAAGAGUCCAAUUUCAGUGAAGAAAUGAAGGAAGAGCAAGAAGAGGAGUCUCUGCAGCAGGAAAUCCAAGCCACUCAUGCUUGUCCCAUGGAAAGUCACCCAAUUUUAGCUGGGGAAAGCCACCCUGGAGAGGAUCUUGCUGAGAGAGAGACAGAAAGUUUGGAGCAGCGGGAAGUGCCUUCAGUAGAUCCUGCUGCAGACGAAGAAGGGAUAGAGGAGAUGUACCCAGAACACGAGCCCUCAAGCAUCAAAGAGAGCAUUCGGGCAGAAGAAGCGUCACCAAUGCCUGGAGAAGACCCCAUUGGAGAGGAGACCGCAGAUGGCCAGGGAGAAAGAGGAGAGCCAGGAGAGGAGGCUGUAGAGGAAGAAGAGCUGGAGGUUGAAGGGAAGACACUGGGAGCUGAAGAGCUAAUACAGGAGGAAGGUAGUUCGGAGGAGUCUGCGGACAUACAGGAAAACAAUUUUGACGAUGACGUGGUGGAGCAGGAGGACCUGGAGACCCUGCCGAGGGAGGAAGACCAGAGUGGCAGAGAUGGUCACAGCUCCCAAAAGCACUGCCCAGAGGAGUGGGAAAACCUGGGAAAUGAGGAGGGCACUGAAGGGUCUCCAGGGACAGAAGAUGCCAACAUCCCACCCCAAGAACCAGCCGGGGCAGAUGACAUGCUCACAAGCACAGGAACAUCCAAAAGUGAGGAGACAGAGGGUAUUUCACUGGCAGAAAUGAGAGAAGAUGAUGAUGAUGAUGAUGUUGGGAGUGGAAUCAGUCAUCAGGAACCAAGGCCACAAAGCAAAGCAGAGCAGGAGAUUGAGCCAGUCCCGGGACUGGCAGAGGAAGCCCAAGAGGGCCACCAGGAUGAGAGCCCCGAGGUGUCCAGGGAUGAGGACCUGCCCACAGCUCCGGAGCUCCCGUGGGAGGAAAGGGCUGCGGACGCUGAAGAGGAGCUUGCUUCAGAGCCUGACGGGCUGGAGAAGGUGGCAUCCCAGCAGGAUGAGGACGUGCGUAGUGAUGAGUCCCAGGAGGAGGAUGCUUGGAGAAGGGAAGAGGUGGGGCAGGAACCGGGGACGUGCAAGAGCAUCCAUCUGGAGGACACACUGCCGGACAAUACUCCCCUGCACCUCUACAAAGGGGACAUGGAGGCCACGACUGCACCCAGCCUCAACCCUGUGGGUGCUGAAGAUGCUACAGAACCAACUCUAGGACCUGAAAUAGUUUUAGAGGACAAAGGAGAGGUAGAGGGGAGCAACAUGCCAACAAGUCCUUUAGAAGACAGCCAUGAAGAUGAGGCUGCAGGCAUGGAGGCAGCGCCUGCAGCAGAACGUGGUGAGGAAGAGGAAGGUUAUUUCAUGGUUUCUGCUCCCAUCCAGGAGGUCUCCAGCCUGGAAGAUGGUGAAAUCUCAGAGGACUUUGAAGAAAUCAAAGUUGGAGCAGCAGAAGGCAUCAGGGAUGAUGCCGAAGCUCCCAAAGAAGCAUCUCCAGUGCCAGAGGAAGAAGAGCAUUUUGAAGCGCUUGCCGGUGAGGCAGAUGAAGGCAGGAAGGUGCCCCCAGAAGAAGACAAGAUGCCAAAAGUCAGGGAUUUUGCUGAUGAGAUGGAGGAAGCCAUGGAAGAGCCGCUGGGCAAGGGUCUUUUGGUGGGAAGUUCUGAUGAGCUGGAGCAGGACAUGGAAAGCCCUGCUGUGGAUCCCAGCACACACGAGGAACAAGGGUCUUCCAAGGAGGAGGGUGAGGCCAGCAGAGCCUCCGAGCUUCUGAGCUCCUACCGCUCCGGGCAGCUGGGGACCGAGGAGCCCAUCCUGGGGCAGGAGGACAUGUCUGGGGACAAUGAGCCCGUCCCUCCUGCAGGGCUCCCAGCACCGACGGCUCCUGACACAGCCUUGCAGCCAUCUCAGUCUUCAGAAGAAAUCCCAGGGAGUGGGAGCCUUCCCUCAGCCGAGAAGGAGCAGUGCUCCGAUGCCAACCCACCCCUGGAGAAGGAGUCCAAUGACCAGGGGCACAGCGAGCCCAGCCAAGACGCUGGCCCAGGGGCAAACUGUGAUGUGGAAGGGCUUGAUCUCCCUGGAAAAGCACCUCCAGGGGAUGCCAUGAAAGCCUCCGAUAUUCUGGAAAUUGUAGAGCAAGCCCUGGAGUUCAACCAGGAGCUGAUGUGGGCAGCGAGGCCAGCUGAAGCCGAGCCCCAAGUUCCGGGGAGCAUCCCUCCCGAGAAGCAGGAGCUCAAUGGGCUGCCUAGCGAGGAGGACACGGAUCUUCCCGCGGAGCUUCCCAACGGCAUCAGCGAGCUGCCGCUGCCUGCCCGGCAGGAGCACAAGGAGCCCGAGGCCACCUCUGCAGCCGUGCCUGGACCUCCAGAGGGGCCGGCACACGGAGAAGGGGCCGUGGACAAGGCGCUGCUGCUCCGCAGGCUCGCCGGGGCCGAGGGCGCCGCGGCCGGCCAGGGUGACGAGGGGCUCGGCAGACAGCAGGGCCAGCUCCGGGACGAGCAGGAAUUGUGGUCGGAGGAGGACGAGUGA